AUGUCAAAACCCACACUGAUUUUCGCUGCGGGCGCGUGGUUCCCGCAAACCGCCUUCGACCCGAUCAUUGAGAAGCUCUCCGACUUCCGCAGCCACAGUGUUGCGUUUCCCUCCGUCCACGAGGCAAGUUCAGUCGUUGAUCUCCAGCCAGACAUUGAUGCUGUCCGAUCUUUGGUCCAAAAAGAAGCAGAUGCUGGCAACGAGAUCGUCAUUGUCGCACAUGGCUGGGCCGGGUUACCCGUCAGCAGUGCAUUGGACGGUCUGAGCAAGUCGGAACGCGAACAGGCUGGUCAUAAUGGCGGUGUUGUGAAGCUCAUAUUCAUCACUGCUUUCUUGCCCAAUGUGGGCGAGAGUUUGAUUGGUGCUUUUGGUGGAAUGCCUCCGCCGUGGUAUGAGCUCGAUGAAGAAGAUGGAACAGUGAUCGCAAGCGAUCCACACGUGUUAUUCCUCCACGAUGUUCCAGAUGGCGCAGAAUGGGUGAAAUCGCUCAAACCCCAUGCCUGGGUAACCCAAACAGCGCCUGCUACUGGGACUGCGUAUUUCAAUAUCCCCACUGCUUAUCUACUGUGCGAAGACGAUCGGGCCACUCCAUUGCCAGUUCAGCAGGUUCUGGUCGAGCGCGCCCGUAGGAAAGGAGCAGCGAUUGAGACCGAGAAGAUUAAGUCUGGACAUACGCCGUGGUUGGCUUUGCCAGAUCAGUUUAUCGCCUAUAUCAGAAAGCAUGCUGGAAACUAG